AUGGAUUUUACAGGAAUAUCCCGAGGUUCUAUACGUGGAGAAGCUCUCCAAAAGUUGGCCAAACUUUCGGUGGAACAUGCUCCUGCCUCUUUGCCUCCUACUGGAAUCAGCGAACAAGGCAAUAGUCUCGACGAGUUUGGCACAUUGAUGUCAUUGGCUCCCAAGGAAGAGACUACUGACGAGGAAGAAGACUUGUCUGAGAUUCCCAUCACCACCAAGGAGUACGAGGUUCUCAUUGCCUUGUGUGAUUCGACCGGAUUUGCCGUCAAGUUUCCUCCUCAAGUGAAGUUGUUGUUGGACAAGUUCAGGGUUUAUCUUUUGGAGUUGCCCAACCAGAAAUUCAACCAUCUGCUUGUAGCAUCCGCACGCGAGUCUCCUCCGUGGGCUGUACUUGGUGAAAAGUUGACUACAGCUUUGAUCAACAUCGCCUACAAAUUCGACAAGAAAUAUCUUGAAAAUGUAUUGGAUAUCUUUCUGGAGUUCAAUGAACGCUUCUUCAGCUUCGAAGAGCCCGAAAUCUCCAACUACUUCACGUUGUUGGGCUACAUCGACGCUUUGAGCAAGAACUCAAAGAUAUUGACUGAAUCUCCUAAGGCUUUCAAGAUUUUCCUCACUGUGGACACAUGUAUCGACACUUUUGAUUUCUUGAACGAUAUCGAAUGGUACUCCGAUGCUAUUUUCACUGAAACUAGCGACUAUUCUAUGUUGUUGGAAAACGAGUAUAUCGUAGACUUCUCGCCAAUCCUCUACCUUGAAAAGCUCAGUAAGUUGAUGGCUUCUAUCUUGAACUCUAUUGUCGGGAACAAGGACAAGUCGUUGUUGGAGUACGUUUUGGACAAGGUCGCCAGCAAGUACAGCGAUUCGGAGAAAUUGCCUAACGGCCAGGAUUUGUCCAAGGACAACUUGGACAUCUCCCAAUCUCACAUGCAGAUAAUCAAAACGUUGUCCGAUCUUGCCAUCCACAAGAUGGAAUUUUUAGAUAGAGGUGAGACCUAUAUUGUAUACUCUACCUACAAGAGAUUGAAGCAUGGGUACUUGGCAAAGAGCCACAACAUUGAAGUGAUUAGUUGUGGUAUGUUCACUGACAAUGUUGACCUCAAGAUUGCCAAACGAUUCUUCAAGAUUUGUCUGGAAAUUAAGGACGUGAUGUUGGACCCAGAUUUGGGGAUCAGCACACUACAACUUGGCUCGCUCUUGGUGUUUAAGGACGAUCUGGUAGGUUCCUCUUUGACGCGAACCUUCACUUCCUUAGUGGCCAAUCCUAAAUUCAAUACUGACUACUGUAUUGAAGCUUCUAAGUGCGUAGGGUUUGCCAGUAAAGUCAUGUCUCAAGAUGCUGUUAUCACCACUAUCUACGCAUUGACAAAUUUGUUGUUUGUUGGUAACGACGGUCUACAGUUGCUGAACAGAAAUUCAGUUAGACGUACAAAUGGUCCGAUUUCUCGUGCUCUUGAUGGCUUGUCUCUCCGCGACGUACCGUUGUCUAGAAGAGCCUCUAUUUCUUCAUUGCCAACAAACACUAGUAGAACAAAUCUUUCUAUUAGAAGUGUGGCUGGAGAGUAUGACGAGAACGACUACAACAAGGUAUGCGAAAAUGCUGUCACUUCCAUCAUUGAGAUCUCUCAAGCUUGCAAUGACGAAACAAUCCCUACUUUGGCUGUCACCAUCUUGUCGCAAAAGAUUACAAAAUUGGAGACACCAAUCGGUGGCUUGUUGCUUAAGGGAUUGGCAGCUUGUGCCCCUUUCUUGCCAGAAAGAGAGUUCACUAUUUUAGUGAGAUUAUUGAACAGAUUGUCUGUUGAUGCCAACGAUGCCAAGAAUGUGGUAUUGUUAGAUGAUCUUAUUGCUACCAGAGUUUCUCUCUCGCGCAAGUUGAAGAAGGAUAACCCCUUGUAUUUGAUCUAUUUGAAAGAGAUGUUACAAGCGAUCAUCAGUAAAGGUGAUGUUCAAGUAUUGGAACACCACAGAUCUCACAAUGAGAUCAGCGAAAUUGGUGAUCAGAUCGCAAUUUACUUGAAGCCAUUGGCUGAGAUGUUGCCAGAUGUUCGGAAGGGUGAUGAUCCUUUAGUUAUUAAGGAAACUGAGACUAUCAAUCUCUUUCGCAACAUUUGGUUCAACAUGGUUGUGCAUGGGUAUUCUAUCAAUUCUAAAAAUUCCAAGGCCUAUUCUAAGGAAUUAGAGAGAAUAGCUUACAACACGCCACCAUUGGCAUCCGAAUUGUCAUGGGAUAGAACAGAGACAUCUUUGGAAAUGAACACUGUUUUGAGAAGAGGAUCUUCCAAUCACAAUAUCAAAGAUCACAGACAUAUUAUAGGUGAUAUCUUUGAAGUUCACAGAAAUUUGUCUUACCCCAAGUUGAUCUUUUUGUCUGCCACUGUAUUUGUUGAAUCGUUAAGAGUCAAGUCGGGCGAUUGUGCAACCAUCUUGCAAUACUAUUCUGACCCCUCGAUCAAAACUAGUGGCGUUGAGAAGUAUAUUGGCUUCAUUUCUUUCAAGAUUGUUAAGGAUUAUAUCUACUUAGUCAGCUGCGGCGCCAACAAACAGUUCACCGCAGAACACAUUGCUCUGCAAUUGACAAACAUCUUGGUUUUCUGUUGUCACAGACUCGAAGAUUUGCAAGAUGCCGCUGUUCAAUGUGCUGAUUUGUUAAUCAACAAGGUUCCUUCUUCUUUGUGCCACCACAGAAGUUUGUACACGUUAUUUGACUUAUUGACGAUACUCUUCGAUAGCAUUGUCGAUGCUGAAACCCAUCAGUAUGAGCCAACUACAUCUUAUCGUGCCAAGAGAACUGGUAUCAGAAUAUCGUUAUCAGACUCCUAUAAGUGGAGAAAUGAAACCUUCAAUCGUUUGCACGAGAAAUCAAAGCACUGGCUCAAAUUGGUUUUGCACAAGAGUAGUGUUGAUGUGAAAAGUUUGAUCCAGUCGUAUGUCACCGAAGGCGAGCGUUUCCAGAGUGCAAAGAGGCUUGAUUUUGGUGUCUCCUUUGCUCUUGAAAUGGCUGGUAGUAUUCUUGCCAAUGACAGGGAGUUGACUCACAUUUCACGCUACCCUGUCAAGAACUUGAACACAUUGCCCACUUUGGUUUCACAAUUAAACUGGAGAAGUGGCUUUGUAGAUGAUUUGGUAGAUCAAAUACCCAAGAAUACUCGCACGUUGGAUUCGGACGAAGCUCUUGCUGCUAUUAGAGCCAAAGUCAUUGAGCUUGGUGUCAAGUCAGGUGCAGACACUGUCAACAAUCAUGAGGUUAUUGAUUUGCUUACAGAGAUUGCUGGAUUUACGUUGAUUACCGAAAGUGACCAAUCUGAAUUGGUCCGCUAUUUGGUAGAUGUUCCAUUCCAAUUUUUUGAACCAAGCAUUAUGGACGCUGCUAUUGGCAUUUGGUUUGCAGUUAUGAAAGACCGACCAAAUCUGGCAAUGUUGUUGCUCAGUGAAGUAGCAAAGAAGUGGGAAACUACUAUUGAAUUGGGCAAGGGUCUCUUUAGCAAAGAACAAGAUAUCGAGGAUCCCGAAUUCAGCAAAAUGGAGUACAGUCCAAGUGACCGUAAGACUGUUAACCGUACUGCUUUCAAGACUGCCCGUAGCUUUGAACCUCACUUACUUAUUAUUGAAUUGUUCUCUUCCAGUUUCCAAGCAACCUUGAAUCAGAGUGACCAUUUGUUGAAGUUAUACACCAGGUUUGUCGAAGUUGGUUUGAAGAGUUUGGAAACGGCCAGUCUUCAUCCUUUUGCCAGAAUCGGUAGAUUUGAAUUGAUCAGGUUUUCUUUUGAUGUGUUGAACUACCAUCACAAGUUGGGUUCUAGAAGUACUGCAAACUUGACCAAGUUGAUCUUGAAUGGUUCUUUGUCUUGGUUCAAGCAAAGAUCGGCUUAUCCAUUUGGUUCCAACAUUCUUAAAUUUAGAGCCGAUUACACUUUGUUGAAGGAAGUUGCCCGUUUGGUCAACAACAUUCCUGUUCAUCGCCUGGAGGAUUUGGAAUCUAGAAGGACUCUUUUAUCCUUCUUCUUGGAUGAUGAGAUUUCUAAGAUUUCUGUUUGGUUAGACCCAUUAAAUCCACUGGAAACCACGGGUUCCUAUGUCUCGCAACAGAUUUCUUCGUCUCAUAUCACCAAGGCAUUCAAUAUUGAUCCUAUUUUGGCGGUGAAUUUGGCGUUCAGAUAUAAGUCUAAGAACUUGGAUGACGUGUUGCAAUCGUUGAUUGUAAAAAACCCAUUACCGGCUAUUUCAUAUCCCGAUGCUGUUCAAUUCUUCAUUGGUCUCAACGCAGGUACCAACAUGCCUUCUCAUCACUUGUUGUUCUGGGAAGCUUUGGCUCCAAUUGAUUCGAUUACUCUUUUCUUGCCACCUUUUAGUAACAACCCGUACAUUUUGCAAUACACCAUGAGAUCGUUGGAACACCACGAUGUCAAUUUGACUUUCUUCUAUGUUCCACAAAUCGUGCAAUGUUUGCGUUAUGAUCAAAAGGGAUAUGUUGAAAGAUUCAUUCUUGAAACAGCAAAGGUUUCUCAGUUGUUUGCACAUCAAAUCAUCUGGAAUAUGUUGGCAAAUAGUUAUAAGGACGAAGAAUCAAGUGAACCAGACUCGAUCAAGCCAGUUCUUGAUAAAAUCCAAACAAAGAUGCUUGCCUCCUACAGUCAGGAAGAUUUGGCAUUCUACGAGAAAGAGUUUGGUUUCUUUAACGAAGUCACAGGUAUCUCAGGUAAGUUGAAGCCAUACAUCAAGAAAACCAAGGCCGAGAAGAAGGUCAAGAUCGAUGAAGAGAUGGCCAAGAUCGAAGUCAAGCCCGGUGUUUACUUGCCAUGUAAUCCUGAUGGUGUAGUUAUUGAUAUCAACCGUAAGUCCGGUAGACCCUUGCAAUCGCAUGCAAAGGCUCCCUUUAUGGCUACUUUCAGAGUCAAGAAAGAUGUUGAAGAAGUUCAAGAGUCUGGAGAAAUCAAGACCGUUACUAUUGAAAAGUGGCAGAGUGCUAUUUUCAAGGUUGGUGACGAUUGUAGACAGGAUGUUCUUGCAUUGCAAUUAAUUUCUGUGUUUAGAACAAUUUGGACAAAUGCUGGUUUGGAUUUGUAUGUUUUUCCAAACAGAGUUACUGCCACUGCUCCUGGUUGUGGUGUUAUUGAUGUGUUGCCUAAUGCUACUUCGCGUGAUAUGUUAGGAAGAGAAGCAGUCAACGGAUUAUAUGAGUAUUUCACGACUAAAUUUGGACCCGAGACUUCACCUGAGUUCCAGACAGCUCGUAACAACUUGAUCAAGUCGUUGGCUGCGUACUCUAUUAUUUCGUAUCUUUUACAAUUCAAAGACAGACACAACGGUAACAUCAUGUACGACGACCAAGGGCAUGUGUUGCACAUUGAUUUCGGUUUCUGUUUCGAUAUCGUUCCUGGUGGUGUUAAGUUCGAAGUGGCUCCAUUCAAGUUGACUCAUGAAAUGAUUGCUGUGUUGGGAGGACGGAUCGAUACACAGGCUUUCAAGUGGUUCGAAGAAUUGUGUGUCAAGGGUUACUUGGCCUGUAGACCAUACAUGGAGACAAUUGUGAGAUGUGUCAAUCCUAUGUUGGAAAGUGGGUUGCCAUGUUUCAAAGAAAACACUAUUAAGAAGUUGAGAUCGAGAUUCGUGCCUGGGAAGUCGGAGAAGGAGGCUAGUUUGUACUUCAGAGGCUUGAUAAAGAAGUCGAUGGAGAGUUUCUACACCAAAGGUUACGACGAGUUCCAGAGAAUUACCAACGGUAUUCCAUACUAGUCCGCUCUUAUACUUCACUGUGUUCUUUACUACAUACUAUACAAUACUAAUGUACAACUGUUCUAUUUUAAA